AUGUUGGAAAACUCUGGUAGAGUUUUGAGGUUUGAGACGGUGACUGGCCAGGACUGUGCCCUAAAGAGAAAGCCCAGGCGGUCCGUCGUUGUCUGGGAAAUACAGGUGCCAAAGGCAAUAGUUACACGUUUCAUCGGCAAACAAGGACAGUUUAUUAAAUCCUUGAGGAGAGAGUCUGGGGCCAAAGUUUGUGUGUGGGAGCUGCCUCAUCUCCGUGACUCCGAAGUCUGUCACAUCGAAGGCCUCCCACACCAAGUGGAAAGAGUGCUGAGCCUGAUUCACCAGAGUUUCAAGCGGCUGCGUCUCACCAACAUCUACCCUCAGUGUCCAGCUGCACCAACGACCCUUCCUUCCGUCCUUGAGACUCCCUGGCUGUUCCUGCCGGAUGGAGCCCCAGUGGCGGUGGUCGUGGUGAACCAAGUUGACGCGGGGCACAUGUUUCUGCAGCAGCACGUGUCCCCCACUUUCUGUGCCCUGCAGAGGCUCCACCAGCAGAUGUUUGCCUGCUACUCUGAACCCGACACUCCAACCCUGCGCUCUCCAGUGGAAGUUGGGAUGAUGUGCGUGGCUCCGGCCCAGAACGGGGCAUGGCUGCGGGCUCAAGUGAUCGGCUGCUUCCCAGAGACGCGUGAAGCGGAGCUCAGAUACGUGGAUUACGGAGGAUACAAGAGAGUGAAGAUUGACACCCCGCGACAAAUCAGGUCUGACUUCUUAUCGCCACCUUUCCAAGCAGCAGAAGUUUUCCUGGACAACGUGGUGCCACUUCCAGGCCAGGACGGCUUUUCCCCUGAGGCUGAUGCUGCUGUCAGAGAGAUGACCAGAGGUGCAGUGCUGCUGGCAAAGGUCACCAAUUACGACCCUGCCACGGGGCUGCCGCUGAUUCAGCUGUGGAACUUGGCGGGAGACAAGGCGCUGUCGGUAAACAGAAUGCUGGUGGAAAGAGGAUUUGCUCAGUGGCUGGACUCCUAGCACUGUCCCAGAUGGCUCCACAAGCCUCUGCAGAGGAAGGCCUGAGGAAAACGUGCUGCCAAGCCCAACUGUAGUUUAUCUUUUUCUGCAUUUGGCAACUCUGU